GAAGUAAGGACGGAUACACCAGGUUGAGUGAUUACCCGCCCCAACCGGAUAGGGCGGAUCGGGUAUGAGUACUGCUGCCAAUCCUACUUUUCAGCAAAACCUAAACCCUUUCACAUAUUCUCUUCACCGCCGUCCGCCACCCUCCUCCCCCUUCUCACUGUUUCCCCCUCUCACUCUCAAGGUUACCGCAGCACCGUCGUCGCGCUCCUGACCCACCCGAGAAGACCGUGGUCGUCGCGUGCCCGACCCAACCCGAGGAGAAUCGUCGCGUCCUAGGCAGCACCGUCGCGUCAGAGGAGAAUCAUCUUCGUUUUGGUGACGGUUUAGUUUUGCAUUGACUCCAUCACUCCAACGUGUAAAAGAAGGUGGGGGUUCUAGAACAGCGCCUGUUGAGGAAGAUGAAGACAUUGUUUUGGUUUGUGUUUGUUUCAGUGGUGGCUUCAGCAUGGUUGCCACUCUCAGAGUGUUUCAAAAAACCCGCAGGGCUUGCUAGGAAAGAGGACAUUCCGUACAUAAAGUGCCAAGUUUGUGAGAUUCUCGCUAAGCAGUUGCACCAGCAGGUGAAGAACAAGCAAGCUGAGAUCGCUCCCAAAAAGAUCUCGGAGUAUGAGAUCAUUGAGAUAACAGAGAACGUUUGUAAUCUUAAGAAGGUAGAAGCGGAUUGGAUAUUGCGCUUUGAUAUUGUGGAGAAAGAAGAUAGGCUUGAGUUAGUUGAGCAUGACUCUGAAGGACAGUGCAAUUCUGAGUGCAAGACAAUCGAGCGAGCAUGUCAGGAGGUUAUAGGGUAUUCGGAUACAGAUGUUGCUGAAUAUCUAUAUAGUUCCAAGCCUGAUGCUGAUUCAUUGUACAAAUAUCUCUGUAGAGACCUUACUAAAGCAUGCAGCACCAAACCACCCCCUGUCCCUAAGGACAGAAUCCCUGGUGAAGCUUUUGUUGCUAAGUCUGAUAAGGAGGCUGAAAUGGAAAAGCUACUAAAAUCUAUGGAGGGCAUGCCAGGAGCACCUGGCAUGAAAAUGUACUCAAGGGAUGAUUUAAUGAACAUGAAAAACCUUGGUGAUGAAGAUGCCGAAGAGGAAGAGGAAGAUGAAGAUGAGGAUGAUGGCGAUGCUGCUUUUCCUGGAAAAUUGGGAAAAGUUCUGAGAGAAAAGGAAAAGGGGAAAAGUGACUGGAAACAAACGAUCAGAAAAGGAAUCACAGAUACGACUGUGACGCUGAAGAAACAUGCAGACCGAGUUUCCAAUCGCUUAAGACAGUGGUGGAGGGCAAAGAAAACAAGUUCAAAGAAGGGAACAAAAGGAGCCAAGUCUGAACUUUAGCAAGUCACAAAAGCUUACAGCCUUACACUGCAUUUCUCUAGAUUGUUGAAGAACUGCAGGCAUUUCAACACCAGUUUGUUACAUGUACAAUGAGCCUGUGAUAGCCAAGAGGAAGGAUCAUAGAGAAGCAAUCAAAAUGAGAACUUUAAGUGACCACUUGUCAAUUGGAAUGUUUCAUUUUACAGUCAAGAAUUUUGCUCUAUUCAUGUAUCUUAAUGAGUCAGUUUUGAUGUUGAGGGUGGGUGUAUAGUGAGGGCUAUGAGCUUAUGAUGUUCUCCAAAGGUUUGUUUUCCUUUUUAUCCCCCUUACUCCUUAUUUUUAGAAUUCUUUUCUCUCAAAAAAUUAGUUUAUAGUGUCUUCUAUAUUGAAUUCCCUUAUAAUUGUGUUGAAA